AUGUUGUCGCAAAUCGCCAUGCAUCCGGCUUGCUUCCCGUACAUCAACUUUGUUCACAAUGAACCAUUCUACGUGCCAGCCGCUAGGUACGCUGCUCCGGAUUAUGCUUUCGUCCCACAUCACGAAUUUGUGAAUCCGGCAUUCAUGCAAGAUUUUGGACCUGAGUUUGCUCCCGAAUUUGGGCCCGAAUAUAUGCCCAACGGGGCUUAUCCCGAGAGUGAUAAUGAGAAUGACCGCGAAGCUCACCGCCCCCAAGAACAGGUGCAGCAGGCUGUCGCACCAGAACAGAUGCAGCAACCUGUCCCAUACGUGGGAUACGAAUUGCCGUACUUUGAGAUCCCGGGGCCGCUUCUAGAAGCACCACUUCUGGCUGGACCUCAAUUUUGGCUGCCAAUUGAGGCACACGACGUUCCUUUUGAUAUGCCACGUAACAUACCACCAGAGCACCUUGCCAAUGAAACCAUUUUCGAUGCCGAGACUGGAUACAUUAACUACGACUAUGAUGACGACGAAGGAAACUUCGCUACUUACGAGAAGGACAUGGCCGCAGCUCUGGCCGCUGUGAGCCUCGAUGACAACAUCGGCAUCGGGUUUUACCCUAAUAACGCUGUUUAA